AUGCAGAGGGACCUCAAUAGGCUGGAGAAAUGGGUCAAGAGGAGCCUUGUGCAGUUUAACGAAGGGACGUGCCAAGUCCUGCUUCUGGGGAGGAAUAACGCCAGUCACCAGCACAGACCAGGGCCAACCAGCUGUAAAGCAUCUCUGCAGAGAACGACUGUGGGAUCCUGGUGGACACCAAGUUGGACACUAGAUACCAGUGUGCCCUUGCAGCAAGAAAGGCCAACAGUGUCCCGGAGUUGUUCUCAGCAAGUUGAAGUAGGUGAUCCUGCCUCUCUACUCAGCCCUACUUCUAUGCAGGCAGAUGAUCUGACCCUGCAGCAGUGGUGCACACGACAGCAGGGGCAGGUGCUGCUGUUGCCACCCCAAGGUAGUCGAGUGACUCCUGACUUGAAUGCCAAUUCAGGGAACUUCUUUAUAGAGGAGGAGAUUUCCAAUGAAAGGAAAGCAGGAAUUUUACUGGAUAAGACAAGUCCAGAGGCUGGACAGGAAUUCCAAGAUCUGCUUAACUUGUUCUUGAAUAAUCCAUUAAAAACACUGACAGUAAUCUUCCUGGCAAUAUCUAUUUGCACAUUUGCUGUUAUUGCACUUUUUGUUAAGGUAGUUUCUUUUCCUCAUUCAAAUCUAACCCAGACUUUCACACUUUUUGCUGAUGGAUGCACUGACUGGUCUGUGGAUUACAAGAAAUAUCAAGUUCUAAUGGGAGAACCUGUUCGUAUAAAAUGUGCACUCUUUUAUGGAUAUAUUAGAGCUAAUUACUCCCUCGCCCAAAGUGCUGGACUUAGUUUGAUGUGGUACAAAAGCUCUGGACCUGGAGAUUUUGAGGAACCUAUAGCUUUUGAUGGAACUAGAAUGAGCAAAGAAGAAGACUCCAUUUGGUUCCGACCAACAGUGGUGCAAGACAGCGGGCUCUAUGCAUGUGUUAUAAGAAACUCAACUUACUGUAUGAAAGUGUCCAUUUCGCUGACGGUGGGUGAAAAUGACACUGGACUCUGCUACAAUUCAAAGAUGAAAUAUUUUGAAAAAGCUGAACUUAGCAAAAGCAAGGAAAUCUCAUGCCCUGAAAUUGAGGAUUUUUUAUUUCCAUUUAGGGAGCCUGAAAUUCUGUGGUAUAAGGAAUGCAAGUCAAAGACGUGGAGAUCAAGUAUUGUGUUUAAAAAGGACACUCUUGUCAUUCGGGAAGUUAGAGAGGAUGACAUUGGAAAUUACACUUGUGAGUUAAAAUAUGGAUUCUUUGUUGUCAGAAGAACUACGGAAUUAACAGUUACAGCACCACUAACAGAUAAACCACCAAAGCUUUUACACCCCUUGGAGAGUAAGCUAACAAUUCAGGAGACCCAGUUAGGGGGUUCUGCUAAUCUAACCUGCCGAGCUUUCUUUGGAUAUAGUGGAGAUGUCAGUCCUUUAAUCUACUGGAUGAAAGGGGAGAAGUUUAUUGAAGAUUUGGAUGAUAGUCGAGUCUGGGAAAGUGACAUCAGGGUUCUCAAGGAACAUCUUGGGGAACAGGAGGUUUCCAUCUCAUUGAUUCUUGACUCUGUGGAAGAGGCAGACCUGGGGAAUUACUCAUGCUAUGUCGAGAAUGGAAAUGGACGCCGACAUGCCAGUAUUCUUCUACAUAAAAGGGAGCUGAUGUACACAGUUGAGCUUGCUGGUGGGCUUGGUGCUAUUCUGCUGCUGCUUGUUUGUUUAGUGACUAUCUACAAGUGUUACAAGAUAGAGAUUAUGCUGUUCUACAGGAAUCAUUUUGGAGCUGAAGAACUAGAUGGAGACAACAAAGACUAUGAUGCAUAUCUAUCGUAUACCAAAGUGGAUCCUGACCAGUGGAAUCAAGAAACUGGAGAAGAAGAAAGAUUUGCUCUUGAGAUCCUACCAGAUAUGCUUGAAAAGCAUUACGGAUACAAGCUGUUCAUACCAGACAGAGAUUUGAUUCCCACAGGAACCUACAUUGAAGACGUGGCAAGAUGUGUAGACCAAAGCAAGCGACUGAUCAUCGUCAUGACUCCAAAUUAUGUGGUAAGAAGAGGCUGGAGCAUCUUUGAACUGGAAACGAGGCUUCGAAACAUGCUAGUCACGGGCGAAAUCAAAGUGAUACUGAUUGAAUGCAGUGAACUACGAGGAGUUAUGAACUACCAGGAGGUUGAGGCCCUGAAACAUACCAUCAAGCUCCUCACUGUCAUUAAAUGGCAUGGACCAAAAUGCAACAAGUUAAAUUCCAAGUUCUGGAAACGUUUACAGUACGAAAUGCCUUUUAAGAGGAUUGAACCCAUCACACACGAGCAGGUUUUAGAUGUCAGUGAGCAGGGGCCCUUUGGGGAACUGCAGACAGUCUCCGCAAUUUCCAUGGCUGCUGCCACCUCCACUGCUCUUGCCACUGCCCAUCCAGACCUGCGCUCCACCUUUCAUAACACAUAUCAUUCACAGAUGCGCCAGAAACACUAUUAUCGAAGCUAUGAAUACGAUGUACCUCCUACCGGCACCCUGCCGCUUACCUCAAUAGGUAACCAGCAUACCUACUGCAACAUCCCUAUGACACUUAUAAACGGGCAGCGGCCACAGACAAAAACUAACAGGGAGCAGAAUCCGGAAGAGGCUCACACAAACAGUGCAGUACUGCCCCUCUUGCCACGGGAGACCAGUAUAUCAAGUGUCAUUUGGUGA